CUGGCCAGUUCCCCAGCACAGCCCCUCCCUGGGGCCUCCAAUACCUGUCCUUCAGAUCCCCACUGUCUCCUGACACUUUUCUACCCUGACAUCUGCAUCCCCAGCCUUAAGGGGCGUGGAGAGUUUCUUCUCUUAUCAGCUUGUUUUACUGCCCCUCCUCCUUGGUUACACAGUAAUUUGGAGCAAAAUUCCUGGCAAGGAUAGAUCAACAACUGUCAGCUCCCAGCCAGAGAGAAAGGGCCCCUUCAGCGCCGUCUCAGAAGACUGGGAGAAGAAGCAGAAAGGACCCCACAAGGAAGGGAGAGGCGCCCGUGGAAAGAGGGCUUCACAUGUGAAGUAAGGUCAGGGAAACUAGAACAGAAAAAAGCCAGGGCCAGCCCAGAGACAGCUGAGAAGAAUCAGACUCACAGCUCAGCCCAGCCCUGGCACAGAGAAAAGACAGGCCUGGCAGCACCCAGGGACCCUCUUUCCUCAGCCUCCACCUGCAGGACAGCAGGAGCACUGAUGCUCUGGAAGGUAUGUUCUGGAGUCUGAAACAGCAGAAUUUAAGGAAGUAAAGAUGGGUGUCUGGAAAAAAUCCUCAAGCUGCUGUGCAGCCCAUGGCUGAGUUGGCCACCUGAGGCCACGGGUGGCACUCCAGCCUCCCAGAGGCUGGCUAGAGCCACAGGAAAGGGCCAGAAGCCAGAGAAAGGACAAAGGUGGACACCUGCCUCCAUGUCUCCUCUGGAAACUGAUCUCCCCUUUCCUGCGCCUUAUUGUCUCUCCCUCUUCUCUUUGUUCGCUGCUGGGCAGUGACCGCAGGGAUCCUGGCCUAAGCUGGUGAUUGGGCAGGAAACUGCAUCCACAAAGACCGUUCUCCGGAAGAUUGAACCCCAAUUCAGCCAUGGUGACUCCUUUGACAUCAAACUGGUGAGGGCUGUGAGCCGGGGGCACAGGACACCAUUCCUUCCAGCUCCUCUGUUGUGAUCUGCCCAUGGAAGUCCCUGUGGACACGAAAUCCUGCUUGGAUCAUCUAACUGGAGGCUCUCUGUUCUUCACCUCCACAUGCCCUCUUGACCCCAGAACGUUCAGGGGAGGAAGUACACCACCCUCCACUGGCACCCCCCUUGGCCUACACAGAGUCACCCCUGAGCCCCUCAAUGUGUGCUGAGGUGGGCCCUGCUCUCUACAGGGGUAUGGAAAGGAAUAGCUUGGGGUGCUGUGAGGCCCCCAAGAAGCUGGGCCUGUCCUUCUCCAUCGAGGCGAUCCUAAAGAGGCCUUCCAGGGGGAGCGAUGUAAACAGGCCAGAAGGGGCAGGCGGAGAGGGCCCCGGAGAAGCUGCAGCCUCAGGCUCUGGCCUAGAAAAGCCCCCACAGGACCAGCCCCAAGGUGCUGACACCAAGGCCACUGACCCGACUUGGACCCUCUCCCAUGCAGAAGGGAGGAAGAGCAAGCGGAGGGUUCGUACCACCUUCACCACCGAGCAGCUGCAUGAGCUGGAGAAGAUCUUCCACUUUACCCACUAUCCAGAUGUGCACACCCGCAGUCAGCUGGCAGCCAGGAUCAACCUCCCAGAAGCUCGGGUGCAGAUCUGGUUCCAGAAUCAGCGAGCCAAGUGGCGGAAGCAGGAGAAGACUGGCAGCCUGGGGGCCCCACAGAAGCUGAGUGAAGACAGCAUGGCCCUGCCCACAAAUCUGGAUGUGGCUGGACCCAUGUGGACAUCCACCACUCUGCACAGGCUGGCUCCUCCCAUGGGGUGUUGUCCAUCUGCUCAAGGUCAGCUGGCCUCUGCCUGGAUCCCUGCCUGGAUCACCUUCCUCCCAUGGCACCCAUGGGUAACGCAGCCUGUCCCAGGUCCUCCCACCCAUCAAACUUGCGUCCCUACCCUGUGUUCUUCCACCUCCACACCCUAAAAGGGGCAGCUUCUGUGCUACCUCAACAUAGAGAUUGGACAUCCUCUCCCCAAAUGAGCCACUCUCCUCUCCAGGUGAAGGCAGGUAGCAGAUGUGCCCUGGGCCUCUGGGGGAAUCGAUCUUAUAAUCCAAACAUGGCCCACAGCCCAGGAAGCUACCCUGAACAUGCCAGUUGGAAGGUGGUACCAGACUCAACAGAAAAGUCUAUGAUAAAGGACAGCUCUCGUCUCUCCUGGCCAAAGCUGCUUUCCUGGUUCAGAAGAUGGGCUGGAUGAGAUCUCAGGCCGAGCUCUGAAACGGGGAGGUAAUCCUCUAGCACCUGUGCUUCCUCUAGUCACUCACCCUCGCUGGACCUCAUCUGUUAGAGGAGGCAGCUGGAUAAAAUGAUUUUUGAAGACCUUUCCAUGGUGGGCAUUGAGACACAGAAGAGGCCAAGGAGAGACUGUUUGUUCAUGUAUGCACUCAUCCAUGAUGAGUACCUACUGGGGAUGCCAUAAACAGAACUGGAUAUAGAAAUAAACAACUCGGGUCCUGUCCUCGUUCGUCAAAGUGUAGUGCUGGCCCGCUCCUGCAAGAACACUUGCUCAGCAACCUUGCUGUUGGCCCAUGUCUAACAUGUUCUUUAUGAUUGUGAGCAUCUCAGAGUGAGAGGAAAAUGUAGAAAGUUUUUAAAAUGCUAAACAGGAUUUAGUGUCUUUAGUUAUCCUGCUGGAUUGGGAAGAGAUGUUGUCGUUUCUGGCACGAAUGAAAAGUAGGACGGUAAGCUCUUUUCAUUUGGUUUAUCUUUCCAGGGUAUGUGCAAGGGGACCAGAUGGAAGACCAGCCUCACUCUGUCCCAGAAAGGCCGAGCUUUCAGUCAACUCCCUGUUUCCAUGCAAAGACCCUGGGCAAACCACAUGCUCUGUUUGAGCCUCAGUCUUCCUAUCUGUAAAAUGAAGGUAGUAAUUCCCACUGGUCGUCUGCCUCAAAGAGCAUUCAGGACGCUGAGAGGACACAGGAGUACUUUGCAAAGUGAGGGUGAGGCCUCAAGUGGAGUAAUGUUGUUAUUUCAAGAUUCCACUGCCAAGGUGGCUGCUUUGGAUCCCAACCCAGGAUGAGUAGCUUCUGCUCUCAGGGAGGUCAUCGCUGAGCUGCCCUUCUGCACAGGUGCCUCUGAUUCUUGUCUUUGCAGGUAGAGGACUGGGCCUGCUCUCCUAAGCCUGAAAGCCUGGAAUGACCCCUUGCACAAGCCUAAAGUAAACUCAAGGAAUCUUCCCCAAAUCCCAGAUCUUCUGCAAUCUACCUGUGCCCCUGACCCACCCAGGAGUUGGACCAGGAGUUGGCAUCCCUACAUCUUAGUCCUGCACUCCUAAUAUGCUAGGUAACCUUACCGUUAAUCUCUCUGGGCGUCAGUUUUCUCGUUGGAGGUAGCUAUGCUAGCUCUGCCUGCAGGCAUGCACAAUGCCAGAACAACAGACAACAGCUCACAAGAUGCAAAAGUGCUUUGCCAUCUCAAAAGUGCCGGAUCACGCAAAGUGUAUGAAUGUGGAUACGGACACCCAGUCUCCAGCACCGCUGGAUGAAAGGAGAAGGCUAGAGGCUGAGGGAGGAAAACCAGUUAACAAACAAAGGCAGUCGCUCAUCACUUGGGUAGCAGGUACCCAUUUUAGGACCCUAAACUCAAAUGUGCAAAAUAAAAUUUCUAUCAUUUUGCGAUAA